AUGGCACCUUCGGCUAUCUCUCCGACUACCGAGCAAUAUGCAUCUUUGUCGCUGAAAGAAACCUACACCCCUCGUCUCGAAGGCAGCCACAAUGGAAAGGCUCUAUCCAAGGCCAUGAUUGGCCGUGCUCUGCAGCAGCGUGUUCAGAGCAUUGACGAAGACACUUGCGAGCCCGGCGAAGAGGACGCUUUCUUCGUCGCCGACAUGGGCGACAUCUACCGCCAGCACCUGCGCUGGAAGAAGCACCUCAACCGCGUCAAGCCCCACUAUGCCGUCAAGUGCAACCCUGACCCUCAGGUUCUUCGUCUGCUUGCUGCCAUGGGCACCGGUUUCGACUGCGCUUCUAAGGCCGAGAUUGACAUGGUCCUCCGUCUCGGCGUCGACCCUUCCCGCAUCAUCUAUGCCCAGCCUUGCAAGACCAAGUCCUACGUCCGCUAUGCCGCCAAGCAGGGCGUGCGCCAAAUGACCUUUGACAACUCUGACGAGCUCUACAAGAUCAAGGAACUAUACCCUGAUGCCGAGCUUUACCUCCGCAUCCUGACCGAUGACUCGGCCAGUCUGUGCCGUCUGAGUCUCAAGUUUGGCGCUUCCCUCGACGACACGGGCGAUCUCUUGGCUCUCGCCAGAAAGCUCGACCUCAAUGUGGUCGGUGUUGCCUUCCACGUCGGAUCAGGCGCUUCUGACCCUGCAGCCUUCUUGAAGGCCGUCCGCGAUGCCCGUUUCGUCUUUGACCAGGCAGCUGCUCUUGGAUACGACCUCAAGACUCUUGAUGUUGGUGGUGGCUUCGUUAGCGAGACAUUCGACGACAUGGCCGCUGUCCUCUCCGUCGCUCUGGACGAGUACUUCCCUCCCAGCGUCCGUGUCAUUGGCGAGCCUGGACGCUACUACGUCUCUUCGGCCUUCACUAUUGCAUGCAACGUCAUUGCUCGUCGUGCAGUUGAGGACAAGGCCCUCGGCACCAACAGCUACAUGCUCUACCUUAAUGAUGGUGUCUACGGCAACUUCAGCUCCAUCAUGUUUGACCACCAGCACCCUAUUCCUCGUGUGCUGAAGGCUGCCAGCUCGCCCAGCUCCACAUACGAUGCAGUGGCCGCGUACGAUGCUGGUAACCAGUUGCCUCUGGAGUAUUCCAUCUGGGGCCCCACCUGCGAUGGCAUCGAUUGCAUCUCUGCAAGCUGGACCUGUGCCCAGACUCUUGACGUUGGCGAUUGGCUCUACUUUGAGGACAUGGGCGCUUACACCAAGUGCAGUGCUACCAAGUUCAAUGGAUUCAGCGACAGCCACGCUACUGUCUACAUCUCCAGCGAGCCUGGCGCAUCUGCCCUUUUGGGAUACUAG